GGCGGGCGGCGCCGCGGGGAGGCGGGGGGGCCGGAGCGAACUUGUCCCGAAUCCCUUUAUUUGCAGUUGGAGCCGAAAGCUUCCCGGGCUGCGUUUAUUUUGCUGAUUAAAAAGACGGACCUUGGUCCUGCGGCUCCCCGCCGCGCGGCCGCCCUCCUUGCUCCCCUCGUCCCCUUUUCCUCCCUCCUUUCUUCCUCCUCCUCCUCCUCCUUCCCGCCCGCACCAUGGAGUUUACGGAGAGGAAGAGAAGCAGGAAAUCCCAAAGCUUUAAACUGAUCAACGAAGAUUACCAUCAUGAGAUAUAUAAGAUCUCUGACUACAGCAAUGAUGUUAAUGGGGAGACCAAAGAAACACAACCCAUUUCUUUAGGAGAUGAAAGCCGGGAAAUUAAAAAACAAAUUACAGGGAUGAGAAGAUUACUGAAUGACAGCGCUGGAAGAAUCUAUCAGCGAGUUGGCAAAGAAGGAGAAAAACUGAAGGAGGAGCCCCAGGAUUUAGACUUAGCCUGGGCCCAGCGCCUGGAUCCCCCUGAGGAGUCUGAGGAGAGCCUUCAUCCUUGUGAGAGCGACGCAUGGAAUGAAUUAUCACCCCAAGAUAAUCAUUUUUCAGGGCAAUAUGGAACUCGAUCCAAAACGUUCCAAAAUCAGACACGAACCAUGGCAUCCAAUGGAGAAAUCCCAAUGGUGAAUUCAUCAAUUGGACCAAACUGCUGUACAUGUAAUUGCCAGUCAACUCUACAGGCUAUUCUUCAGGAGCUCAAGACCAUGAGGAAACUGAUCCAGAUUCAGUCAGUUGGGACUCAAAACAGACAACAACCUCCUGUUCCUCUGAUUUGUGCACAAAAGUCAACAAUAUCAAGAAAGAGAAAUAAAAAGAAAAAACUACCCCUCAAAACUGUUGAGCCAUUUACUAUGAAUAAGAAAACCAGUGCUGCAGAGAAUGAUAAGAAGCUGUCAGCAAACCCUGAAAGUUCCAAUCUGCAAGCAGUUGAACCCCCUCUCAACGUAGAAACCCCUCUUUCAGGAUUUGGAAUUAUCCUUGAAUCAGCUUCAUCAGAUCCAGAAGUGCAACUUGCAGAAGGCUUUGAUGUCUUCAUGCCGAAAUCUCAGCUGGACUCUAUAUUAUCAAACUAUACUCGCUCAGGAAGUCUGCUAUUUAGGAAGCUGGUUUGUGCAUUUUUUGAUGACCAGACUUUGGCUAACUCUUUACCAAAUGGCAAAAGGAAAAGAGGGCUCAAUGACAACCGGAAAGGACUAGACCAAAAUAUUGUGGGUGCAAUAAAAGUCUUCACAGAAAGAUACUGCACUGCCAACCAUGUGGAUAAACUUCCUGGUCCUAGGGACUGGGUCCAAAUUCUUCAGGAUCAAAUUAAACUGGCAAGAAGGCGAUUAAAAAGAGGCUCAGCAGAGCCAACUGACUAUGAUGAGAAGCCGGACAUUUCUUUACUACAAACAGGUAACCUGUUUGACACCACAACAGAUAGCCUGAUAGAUGCAAGCCUCGAUUUUCCUGUUUAAAUUUUACAUCCUGCGCCAGUGGUUUUAGCAGAUACGAACCUCCUCUCGUUUAAGUAAUGUCCAUGUGAGGUCAACGUUGGGAUGUUGGAUCCUGCAGCACGUGGAUGUCCACACCGUUCUCCCUUCACGUUUGUGUUGUCUCACACGUUUUCCCAGUCACUUCAAAUAACAAAACCAACAGAUUGUUUCGCUGUUUUUCAUCUUAAUUAAAGAUGAUUUCUCUCCA